AUGUAUUCCAAAUUUGCACCAGUCCUCGGCUCCUUGGCUAUCGCCUCGCUUGCUGCAGCAGUCCCAGUCGAGAAGCGCGACAUCUGGUUUGGUAGCAGCCAAGACGGCCGCAAACCCCAUCUGGAGAACUACCAGGGUGGCCAGCCUUCUGCCUCCUACAGUGGCCCCGCCAACGGCUACUAUACUGCCUCAGCGACCAGCGGCAGCGGCUCUUGGUCCACCAGCGCCCCUCCGGCGUCGACUGCCUCUGGCUCGAACGAUGGCAGCAGCAACCCGUUCAGCUUCCCUCUGUCCAACGGCUUCCCCAACAUCCAGAACCCGUCGUCUCAGCUCACUGCCAUUGAGGCCCAAGCCCACGGUCUCUUGCCCAACGGCCCCCCGCCCCCAACUGCUCCUGCCGCCGACGAUCUCACGUCGCUGAGACUCAUCGCCUUCAACGAGCUUUGGGAGGUGGCCUUCUUCACCGAACUCCUCUUCAACGUGACCCACAACGUUCAGGGAUACCAGUUCCAGGACGAAUCCCAGAAGCAAACCGUCAUUGACGCCAUCACUGCCGUCCAAGCCCAAGAGGAGCUGCACGCCUUGAACGCCAACGGCGCGCUCGGCCACUUCAAUGCUGGCCCCAUCCAACCCUGCAAAUACGUCGCCCCGGUGUCUGACUUCAAGAGCGCCAUCAACCUGGCCAAGACCUUCACUGACGUGGUCUUGGGUACUUUGGGUGAUGUCCAAACACACUUCGGCGACAAUGGCGACAACGGCCUCAUCCGUGGUGUCGCUGCCGUCAUUGGUCAGGAGGGUGAGCAGAAUGGCUUCUACCGCAACCUCCUUGGUCUCAUCCCCAGCGGUGCUCCUUUCUUGACCGCCUCCACCCGCGAGUUCGCCUUCUCCGCCUUGAACCAAGACUUUGUCGUCCCAGGCUCCUGCCCCAACAGCAACACCAUUGACCUCCCCAUCUUCGGUGUCCUGAACGUCUUGACCCAGAACAUCCAACCCCAAGACCAGACCUUGCAAUUCUCCUUCGAGGCCACUGGCUCCUACUCCCAGUAUGCCAGCAACUACCAGGGACUGAGCUUGGUGUACAUCAACCAGCAGAACGUGCCUGUUGUUGAGCCCAUCACCCAAGCCACGGUCAGCGGCAGCACCGUCACCUUCUCCGCCAACCUGCCCUUCACCGAGAACGACAUGUUCGGCCUGACCAUCGCCGCCGUUGUCGAGGGAUCUGGCCCAUUCGCCACCGUCGCUGAUGUUGCCGCCGCGACCAAGUUCGGCCCUGGUCUGAUUGAAAUCCAAUAA